AUGGUGGUUCUUACAGUUGCCUUGGCCUUACUGGCUAGCCAUGUUCCGAAGGCCUUAGGUCUUGUCUAUCUUGCCAACAUCACGAAUACUCCCAGUGGCCUUUCCAGCUCCUGCAUCCAAGUACUGAAACAAGGGGUCGACUGCGAUGCCGUGCUUCUGGAUAUCGACGCUGCAUUUUACGAAACUGAUGCGGUGCUGAGUUCAUUGUGCACAACCGCUUGUACUUCCGCUCUCACGACGUAUCAGCGGAGAGUGUCUGGCGCAUGCGGCACCAGCAGGUAUACCGACCAUGAAGGAUGGUCGUAUCUAGCCUCGUACGACUUUCAGGAGCGUUAUGAGGCAUACCAAGCUGUUUGUCUUCAGGACUCGUCUGGCCGAAGAUGUAACGCUGCGAUUCGCGACGCCCUUCACAUGGAUCCAGAUGCGAUGACAACAUCGGCAGCCCCAGCCCGUUGGUUGCGACUAACACACAUGAGCAAAGAGCCGACUCUCGCCUGCGACAGUUGCUUCCUCUCCAGUAUUGCGUUGCGCAUCCAACAACCCCUUGCGUCUGACGAGCUGUUGGCAUCGAAAUUUUCAUCUUUGACAUCGUCUUGCGGCAGCACCACAAUUGCCAUCACAACACCAGCAGAAACUACCUGGGCUAUUCCCCCAACCUCAGAACCUACAUCGACCCCUGAGUGUGUGGGAACGACAUACACCUUGCAGUCUGGCGACACUUGCUUGAGUAUUUCCAAGAGCCGCGGUGUCAGUACCUCACAGCUCCUGGCCGCCAACCACCUUCCGGCGUUCUGUUCCAACUUCCCCAAUUCUGGAACGAUCUGUAUUCCCGACAGUGUUUCAUGUAAGCCGUACGAGAUGGUCAAGGGUGAUAAAUGCCGCGACGUCGCGUCGAAAAACGGCAUCAGCUGGACGCAGGUCGUGACCUGGAACCCUGAACUCGGCAAAGCGUGCGAAUACAUCGACAACUUUGCGUCCAGAGGCUACAUUCUCUGCGCCUCGAAUCCCGGAGGAUCUUGGGUUCACCCGUUCCCCGAGGACGAGGUCGACAUGCCUUCACCGAAAACAACCGCGAUCCACCCCACGCCGACUGUGGACUUUGAGAGCUUUGAAGCUAUGCCGAGCCCGACGCGCGCAGAUUUGCUUCCUAACCUGGGCCUGCUGAAGCCACUAGCUAACGGAACACGCAAGGACUGCGCAAACUACGCAGAGGCGCCGAUUGAGUUGAACGCUACGAUCACAUACGACUGCCAGGAAGUUGCCGCAAUCUACGACGUCAGCGUGGAUGACCUCAAGGAGUGGAACCCAGACCUCGCAGUCACUCCCGGCCUCGAAAGCACCUGCGAGCUCCAGGGCGGUUACCGCUACUGCGUGUCGCCCGACGAGCGACGAUGGCCAGAUAUGACCGAGUACUGCGUCCGGGAGACCAUCGCCGAGCCCGGAUGGAGUUGCGCAGACUACGCAUUCUGGUAUGGGGUCAAUGUGACACACCUCAACGAGUGGAAUCCAAACAUUGGGGGAAAAUGCGAGAACUUCCACACAGGCCAAAUCUCAAGCUGCACCCGCUGGGUCAUUGCAAACGCCACCGAAGCUGGCGUCAACCCUUGCGAUCAGUUCGUGAACAACAUCAAGAUUCCCAAGGCCCGCUUCGUGGCAUGGAACCCCUCCGUAGGAUCAGAUUGCUCUGGUGUUGUCAAGAACUACGACUACUGUGUUGCCAUUCCGACUUGGCAGCCGCCGGCGUAA